AUGACUAUUUCAGAUUCAAUUAAAAAUAUAUUACUUUUAAAAAAUAAUAAUAAUAAAAAUAAUGAUAAUAAUAAAAUAGAAAAUGAUAAUUAUGAUGUAAUAAUAUGUAGCCAUAAAAUAAAUUCAAAGAAUGAAGAAAUACCACCAACUGAUGAUGAUACAACAACAAAUGGUGGUGGUUCAUUAAAUAAAUAUGUACGUAAACCAACAAAUCAAAUGUGUAGAGAAAAUGUUGAAAAAACAUUUAAAGAGGAUCCAAUACUUCAAUUUAUUAUAAAGGAAAUGAUGAAACUUGGUUGUUUACCACCAGUAAUUACAUGUGAACCAUGUGAUUCUUUAGAUGCAUUAGGUAGUUUCACACCAAAGAAAGGUGUUAUCAUUUGUGAUAAUAUGCCAACUUUUCCAUUAAAUAUUAGAAAUACUGUAGUUCAUGAAUUUGUUCAUGCUUAUGAUAUGUGUAAAAAUAAAUUAAAUCCAUUUAAUUGUGAACAUUUAGCUUGUACUGAAAUCAGAGCAGCAAAUUUAAGUGGUGAUUGUAAAUGGCAAUUAGAAGCACUUAAAAAAAAUUUUGGAGUUUUUAAUCAUCAAGCAGAAUGUGCAAAAAGAAGAGCCAUUGGUUCACUUCAAUCAAAUCCAAAUUGUAAAGAUGUUGCUGAAAUGGCUGUAAAUAAAGUUUGGGAAAAAUGUAAUAAAGAUUACUAUCCUUUCUCAAAUAUCCCUCGUAUUUAA